UCGGGUCCUGUUGCCCUUGUUUUGCUCACUCGUUCUGAAGGCGUUGCUAAGAGAACUUGGCAGGCCAUCAAUUUAUGUCGUUAUAGUCUGUGAUGAGCAAACUGAUGCGCUGAUUUUGUAUUUGUCGGCUUUUGCAUUUGUUGUACGUGUUUUGAGUCUUUAACUUGUUCUAAAUAAGUGGUGUUGUAUCAUGUUGACAGACCUCAACGGACGGCAACACGACCACGUCCACGCUAUCGUACCACCCGUCGAAGAGUGACGCGGGCAAAACGCUGACAUGCAAAGCGUCCAACACGGCCAUGGAAGGCGCUGUCUUGGAGGAGAGCAGAGAGCUGCACAUUCAAUACGUACCUGAAACCAAGCUGGUGCUGGGGAAGUCCCUCAACCCGGACAACAUUCGCGAAAGCAGCGACGUUUACUACGACUGCUUAGUGGACGCAAACCCUCCUAUCUACAAGGUGGAGUGGCGGCACAAUGGCCGGCAGCUCAACCACAACAUAUCGGGCGGCGUCAUCAUCGCCAACCAGAGCCUGGUGCUGCAGGGCGUGUCGCGCGCGUCGGCCGGCAACUACACGUGCGUGGGCUUCAACCAGGAGGGCGAGGGCGUCAGCAACUCGUUCUACCUCAACGUCAUGUUCGCGCCCACCUGCGAGCCCAACCAGACGCGGGUGCACGGCGUGGCCAAGCAGGAGAAGGCCAACAUCUCGUGCGCCGUGGACGCCAACCCGGGCGACGUGGAGUUCCGGUGGACGUUCAACAACUCGGCCGAGAGCGUGGAGGUGGAGACGUCGCACAUCACGCGGCACGGCACCGUCUCCACCGUCAGCUACACGCCCAUGACGGAGCUCGACUACGGCACGCUGCUGUGCUACGCCAAGAACCGCAUCGGCAGCCAGCGGGUGCCCUGCGUCUACCACAUCAUCGCCGCAGGUCGUCCGGACAGCGUCCUCAACUGCUCGGUGGCCAACACGUCCAUGACGUCCUUCUCGGUGCGCUGCUUCGAGGGCUUCAACGGCGGGCUGCCGCAGUCGUUCCUGCUCGAGGUGCGCGACCCGGUCAGCCAGGCUCUGCGCGCCAACGUUACGUCGGGCUGGCCCGCCUUCCAGGUGGACCGGCUCGAGGCGGGCGCCUCGUACCAGGCCUGCGUCUACUCCGUCAACAGCAAGGGCCGGUCCGACCCCGUCAUCCUGCAGGCCUCCACCAUCCGGCCCGCCGAGAAGCAGCUGCACCCCGACAAAGGCGAGCCCCGGUCGGCGUUCCGGCUCACGCCGCUGACGAGCACGCUGGUGGGCGGCGUGCUGGCGCUGUUCGUCAUCGCGGCCGUGGUGUGCGUGUCGGUGCGCGCGCGCUGCUGCACGGGCGCCGACAAGCGGCGGCCGCGCGCCAAGGAGGCCCCCGAGCAGGACGACAAGGGCUCGCUGCCCGGCGCCGGCUCGCCGCACUCGGCCAAGCUGGGCGACUCGAGCGGCGGCGACGGCACCACCGACUCGGACGAGAAGAACCCCGACAUCAUCCCGCAGGCGGGCGCCACGACCGCAGACUCGGCCGACCACUCGGACCUGGUGCGCCGCCGCCAGCACGUGUCCACCAUCGAGACGAGCGGCGUCACGUCGCCGUCGCGGACGCUGCUGCAGGGCGUGCAGCAGGGCUACCCGGGCUACUGCACGCUGCGCAACGGCAUGCCGCCCGCCAUGCAGGGCGCCAUGCAGGGCGCCAUGCCGCUCCAGGACCUGGGCGGCCACCCCAAGCCCAAGAUGAAGCCGGUGGACAUGUCGGCGUACUCGGCGGGGGGAGGCUGCCCGACGCUGCCGCGCGGUGGCCACUGGUCGUCGUACGGCGUCCGCAUGAUGCAGGGCUACCCGGCGCCCGGCAGCGUGCCCGGCGGCGGCGGCGGUGGCCCCGGACACGCGGGCACCCUGCUACUCAGGCACCCGCACCACCAGCAGGGCUCCUACAUGGGCCACCCGGGCCACGGGCUCGGCCCCGGCGGCCUCGGCCACGGUCCCGGGCACACGCAGACGCUGCCCAGGCACCACGGCGGCCUCCACCACCCGUCCAGCAUGGCGGGGCUCGGCGGGAUGCAGGGCCUGCACCACAACAUGCAGCUGCAGGCCAUGGCCGGAAACAGCGUGGGCGCGCCGCACGGCCUCCAGCAGCCGCAGCAGCACGCGGCGCCCUCCUCGGACGAGGACCAGCCGGGCGUCGACACGCCCCUCAUGGUGUCCAAGCGGGAGAGCACCGUCUGACAAAUGACCUCCCUGUAAGCCCCUGCGCCAGCGACCCGCUAGCGCCCGGCACAGGGAGGAUCUCGUCAGGCCGACAAGGACCUUGUACAUUGCCUUGUGACUUCCACAUGUGUUGUACAUAACUCUUU